AAGAAAAAUUACCAGUAUUCAGAAAAGGAUCAAAAUUCAUCCAGCAUAAUUAAGUUUUUAAAUACCACUGUGUCCAAGUUCUCUAAGAAAGGUUCUUCUCAGAUAGCGAAUCACUUAGAACUGUAUGAAUCCACUAUGGAUUCUUUAAAAUUAUACUCUGAUGCUGACAGAAUCAGAUUCCUUCCAUGGGCAUUUGAUGAUAAAUAUCGUCAUUACUUUACCUCUUUUAGGGAGAGAGGAAUUCAAGAUUGGCCAAGUGUUUUGCAUGAAGUUAAACUGGAAUUCGGACCUUACCGAACCAUUACUGCUGCAAAACGAGACAUAUAUAAGCUUACAUGUAGGCCCAAUCAAAGUCCCCGUGAAUUCCUCUCUAUCCUUAAAAAUGCCUAUGGGUUAGCAUAUAGAUCCCCAAACUGGGAAUCUGAAGAGUUUAAGCAGUUGUUCUAUGAUGCUAUGCCAACCCAGAUCAAACUUAGCCUAGCCAGAGAUCUGGAUAUUGAAGCUCCCUUGGAUAGGUUGGUGACGGCUGCCACCACGCUGUAUAAUAUCAGUGAAUGCCAUGAAACAGGUGAGAGAAGAUUUAAAAAAUCCCCAGAGCAAAAUAUAGCUGAAGCUAAGGUAAACCCUAGCUUGGGAUUUGAAACACAGCCACGUAAGUACCCUCAGUCUACAGGUCCUGUCCAACAAACCCAGCAACAACAGGUAAGACCCAAGCAAACCAAGCCCCAAAAUCCCAACGGGUCAGAGGGGGAUAAUUCUGGUGCUGGGAGGUCUAACUACCGUCCAUAUUACAAUAAUGGUCCCCAAUAUAGGUCCUAUUACAAUAGGGAUUCCCAGGGUUACAGACGCUGGAAUAACAGGCCCAGACAACAGAGGGAAGAUAGGCAGGAACCCUUAAACUCACCUAGGAGUAGGUCACCCACCAAUAAUCAGGGCGCCUCACAAAACCAAAAUAUGCGCAAACCAAACAGGCGCAAGAUGCCGACUAAGAUCAUUGCCAUCAUCUAUGUCAUCCUAAUCUUGGGGAAAGAAUUCCACGCCGAACCGAUUGUUGUGCCAGACCGCGAUCCGGGGGACAUUUCCCGCUUCUUCGGCUCACCUAGCCAGCCCACUGAGACCACAGUGGGAAGUGCAGCAACCAAGAUGGCGGAGACAAAGCGCAAAGCUAACCUACCCGCGCACACUCCUGGUGUGAAGGCGAGGGAAAACAAGAUCAACGUAUCCCCAGUCUCUUACGCAGAAGCUGAUCUGUGUAAUCCUUUCUUGGGAAUAGCCGAUAUGCAUUUAAUACCACAUCUUUAUCUCCGGAGACGAAAUCUCGGAAAUGUUGAACUGUCUUUCGACGAAGACACGUGGAUCCAAACUGAUAUAAUCGGCUCGUCCUGGAACUCCUUCCCCAAGAUCAGGACGAUGUAG